AUGGCGGAGAUGAGGCCGCCCAGGCGCAAGGCCGCGGGCAACGCAAGUCCCACUAGCAAGGCCGCGGGCAACGCAAGUCCCACUAGCAAGGCCGCGGGCGACGCAAGUCCCACUAGCGUGCUCUCCUACCGGCUGGCGCCGGACGUCUCAACAGCGCCGGACAACGCAGGCACCGCUGACGACAACGAGAGCGGUGGUUCACCCUCGGUUCACAUGCCGUCAGAGAUGAUGCACGGGGUGGUGCUCGCAACCCUGAUGGUGCUCUCUGCAUACACUCUUCAAAACGAGCAAACAUCGACACCGCUGUGCGACUCGUCAUAUCGCGCCGUCCUAUCCCUGGCAGAGGCACUGCUGACCAGAGUCAAAAACGCUCGGCUUGGGUAG